AUGACAAGUUUCCAUAAUUCUAAGAUGGCAAGCGGCUUAUUCUCUUUCAGUACUCCAUUAGACUUCAAUGGAAUCCAAGGAAGUUACAAUCUUCAGGAUUAUGAGAAAGAGGCAGCUGUUAUAAAAGGCAAAGAGGACCAUUUGUUUGGAGUCCAGGAAAUUGGAGAGGAAAGAGACUAUGAUCCUCUUUUUCCUGAAUAUGGCCUUUACGAUCAAGAGAAUGUAGCAAAGAAACCUGUAGAUCAAGGAGAACAACAGCAACAGCUGGGACAAGCAACCAAGUUAGAUUAUUUGGUUGAAUUCGAUUUCAGCUCUGCUUUCUCAACAAAUCUGGCAUUCCAAGAGUUUCCAAGGCAAGAAAAUAUCCAAGAACUAGUCAAACCCAUCAAGGAGAUACCGUCGUCAUUUUACUUGUCAUCUCUGGAACUCCUUAGUAAUUGUGGAAACAGUUUCAAAAAAUUGAAAAUGGGCAAAUCCAGCGGCACUGGCAAUGAAACUAAUGCACUUGGCCACAACAAACUUUCAACAGAGGAGAUCAUGAGGGUAGCUGGAGCAAGAUAUGUUCAAUUUUCUGACCAGAGGUACGAUGAUUUUUCCAUGGUUAUGCAUCCAUUUGGUCACGCUCUCUCCGGUUUGUCGGCUGACGAGACAAAAGAUGUGGAGCUUGUGCAUUUACUCCUGGCAGCGGCAGAGAAAGUAGGAUAUGAACAAUUUGAACGUGCUAGCAGAUUGGUUUCUCGUUGUGAAUGGAUUGCGUCUGAGAGAGCCAAUCCUGUUCAGAGAGUCGUCUACAAUUUUGCUGAAGCUCUUCGAGAGAGGAUUGAUAAAGGAACGGGAAGGAUCAUAUCAAAGGAGUUGGAAUCAAAAGUGAAGAAUGAAAUUGAUCACGGGUUGAGUACUAACGUUACAUCAGUCUCAGUUCACCAGUACAUUCCAUUUGUCCAAGUAAUGCAAUUCACAGGUAUACAAGCCAUUAUAGAAAACGUUGCAUCUGCAAGUAAGAUCCAUGUAAUCGAUCUUCAAAUCAGGAGCGGAGUUCAAUGGACGGGCUUGAUGCAAGCUCUGGCAGAGCGUGAACAGUGCCGGGUUGAGCUCCUCAAGAUAACUGCCGUAGAACUAGUAGGGAAUCAGAAGAUAGAGGAGUCUGGAAAGAGGCUGGAAAGUGUUGCUGCAUCCUUAAACUUACCGUUUUCAUUUCGUGUAACUUAUGUUGACGACAUGAAAGAUAUCAAGGAAGAAUUAUUCAAUAUCGGGAGCGAUGAAUCUUUGGCCGUUUACUGUCCAUUGGUGCUGAGAACAUUGGUCUCGAGGCCCAGUUGCCUGGAAAAUUUAAUGCGAGUGAUGAAAAAUCUAAACCCUGCUAUAAUGGUGGUCAUUGAAGUCGAAGCGAACCACAAUUCUCCCUCGUUCGUAAGUCGGUUCAUUGAAGCACUGUUCUUUUACAGUGCCUUUUUUGAAUGCAUUGACACUUGCCUGGCGCACGAUGUUGAGUUAAGAACGAAGACUGAAUCUGUGUUUUGCAACGGGAUCCGAAGCAUUGUAGCAAUGGAGGGCAACGAGAGGAUUGCUAGAAGUGUGAAGAUGGAGGUGUGGUCGGCAUUCUUCGCAAGGUUUAGCAUGGUGGAAUUGGGGUUCAGUGACUCGUCCUUAUACCAAGCUAAUUUGGUAAUCAAACGGUUUCCUUGUGCUAGUUCUUGCACACUGGCUAGGACUGGGAAAAGUUUGAUUGUUGGAUGGAAGGGAACUCCAGUUCAUUCUGUUUCAGCCUGGAAGUUUUCCAGAGAUAGAGGGAGGGUAUUUGCAAAAUAUAGGUUCUGA